AUGGGGUACGUCCAGGUUUGGGUGUCGCGCUUUGAGAGGGAUGUGGAUCACCUUGAGAGGGUCCUGAGGAGGGCCGCUCGUAUGGCGGAGGGCUGGCAGGACGAGGUCUCCUAUCAAGUGUCGGUGGCGGGGCAGCGCCGCGUGCUCCACCUGCUGCGCAAGAGGACGCUCAUCGCCCGGCCCUUCCCCGUGUUCACUUACGGCGCCCGCGGAGCCCUGGUGGCCGACUACCCCUUCACGCCGGACGACUGCUACUACCACGGCUACGUGGAGGACGUCACCGAGUCCCUGGUCGCGGGCCAGGAGGGCUGCAGAGUUGGGGGCAGGCCCGGCCGUGGAGCGGGAGCAGGUGCCAGGCUCGGGCAGUCUGGCGGUCGGGGUUCGGGGCCUGGGCGGUGUCCCGGCGCCUCUGAAGGGCCUCUCCGCCUUUGCAGGGGGCUGCUGAGGAUCGGGGGGCACAGCUAUGGGAUCGAGCCUGUGGAAGGCUCACGCACCUUCCAGCACAUCGUGUUCCACCUGGCAGAGGGGCGCGGGGCCACCAGGCGCUGCGGGGUGGCAGGCGAGGCCUGGCCUCCGAGCCCAGUGGCUGGGAGAGAGAGUGCGGCGCAGAGGAUGCUGUCACCCAUCUGGCUGCACGCGCGCUACAUCGAGGUGUUCGUCGUGGUGGACCGCGAGCAGUACGUGUUCCUGGGCAGGAACGAAACCGCCGUGAAGAGGAAGGUGUUUGACACUCUCAACACGGUGGACACGGUGUACCGGGCCCUCAACUUGCGCGUGGUGCUGAUGGGCGUGGAGAUCUGGACGGACAACAACCGGGUGCAGGUGGUGGGCGACAUGUCCGAGGUGCUGGCGGACUUCAGCAUGUGGUGGCAGGUGCACCUGCGGCCGCGGGUGGCGCAUGACAUGGCGCAUCUCUUCGUGUACCAGAGCUAUGGGGAGGUGCUGGGGCUGGCCUACGUGGGCUCGGUGUGCACGGGCAGGCCCACCGGGGUCGAGACGAUGGCGAACCUGCCGGCCUCCUACUUUGCGCCUCUGGUGGCACACGAGAUGGGCCACAACUUGGGCAUGCAGCACGACACGGCGGGCUGCGUCUGCAACCACACAUACUGCAUCAUGAACACUGCCAUCCAGGAGACGCCACUGUUCAGCAACUGCAGCCGGAGGCAGUACGCGCAGCUGCUGCUGGAUCGCAAGGGGGCCUGCCUGCUGAACCUGCCUGCAGAGGACCUGCUCUUCAAGGGCAAGGCCUGUGGCAACAAGGUGGUGGACAAGGGCGAGCCAUGCGACUGUGGGUCCCCGGAGGAGUGCCGCGGGGACCCGUGCUGCAAGGCCGGCUGCAAGCUGAAGCCCGGGGCAGCCUGUGCCGGGGGGCUGUGCUGCCGCGGGUGUCAGCUCCUGCGCCGGGGCACGGUGUGCCGAGAAAGCAGCGACAAGUGCGAUGUGGCCGAGUACUGCGAGGGCAACUCCACGCGCUGCCCGGAUGACGUGCACCUGCCAGAUGGGGCGCCGUGCGGUGAGGGCAGCCGCUGCUACCGGGGGUCUUGCUUCAACAAGAACAUGCUCUGCACACGCAUCUUUGGCAGGGGGGCGAGAGCAGCACCACUGGCCUGCUUCCGCGCUGUCAACAUGCUUGGGGACCGCUUUGGCAACUGCGGCAGGACAGUUCGUGGCACGCGCUACUGGCCCUGUGAGCCCGAGGAUGUGAUGUGUGGCAGGCUGCAGUGCGUGGACGUGCGCCGCCUGCCCAACUUGGGGGAUCGUGUCACGGUGCUGCAGCAUGCCGCGGACAGGCUUGUGUGCUGGAGCGUGGACUACAACGCGGGCAGGAACGAGCACGAUAUGGGAGCGGUGGACAAUGGCACGCCGUGCGGGGACAAGAAGGUGGGGGGCCGGAGGGGGUGCACUGAGCCCCUGGCGGCUCGCGGGCGCUGCCCGAGGCGGGGUUGCUCGGGCUGCCCUGUGUGCAACAGCAAGGGUAACUGCCAUUGUCACGCGGGCUGGGCCCCACCCGAUUGCCUGAAGCCCGGCUCGGGGGGCAGCGUGGACAGCGGCCCCGUGCACAGAGGUAAGCAGAGCAGCCCGGGGUGGCCAGGGGGGCUGUGGGCCGCAGCGAGGGGUGUCGGGGUUCUGCUCGUUUGUCCUGGGCUGAGCAGGGGCCUGGUGGCGCUCAUUGCUUGUGUUGGCGUGUUGGCUGUCGGAGCUGUGGGCGUGCUGGCCUGGCAGGCGUACCGCGGGAAAGGUGGCUGGCGCCGGGGCCAGAAACGGGGGCAAGCGGCUGGCCGAAGACCGCCAGCACCAUCUGCGCAACGUUCAGGCCAGCAGCGAGUGGCAAAGGCCAAGCAGCAGAGGAGCAGGCCGUCUCGAGUGGGCAGCACAGUGUCACAGGCGAGCCGAGCUUCCAGCCGGCGUCGGUGAAGCGGCUGUUGUUGUUUGUGAGGCAGGGCAAUAAAGUGGCAGCGUUUGGGGCUUGUUGCAUGU